AUGAAACUAAUCGCUACUACUAACAGAUCCAGUAAACAUUCAACAAAACAUUCAACAAGUGAGGAAUUAAAUAACGCUUCAACAGAUGGCCAAACUGAAGAUGAAUAUUCGCCAUGGAAUGUGUUUAAAUCAGCCAAUUGGACCCCAGACGGGUCGAGUGUGCUGACAGUCAACGAAGACAACAGUGUCCGGUUGUUUGUCAUACCUCCGGAUGUUCUCAACACCGACGAUGGCAUGGUCAAACACCUCAAACCGUACGCGACAAAAAGAAUGCCAACCUCAAUUCUGUCAUUAUCAAUCUAUCCUGGUUCUAGUAUUCAGCCAGGUGGAUCAGUAUAUUCAGCCAUUGCUGUCCGAGACGUGCCAGUGCGAUUGUACGACAUGCUUGACCCCGAAUCCAAGGGUCGAGCCUCGUUUGGACUGCUGGCCAAUGAAGAGUACUUACCAGCCUAUGCCACCCAAUUCAGUAGCGACGGCUAUUCCCUAGCCAUGGGAACGAAGAAAGCGUAUGCCGUAUUUGAUAUCAAUCGACCCGGAACCACACCAGUCUAUCAUCUACCGAUCAAAGGUGGCAUCGUCUCAACCUUAUCACACAAUCCCCGUGACAACCAAAUCACAGCACUCGGCGAGUUCGACGGUCGAAUACGACUCAUCGAUCAGCGAGUCGAGAAGACCGAACAACUGCCCGAAACCCACCCGACCACACAAGCCAACAUGCAAUUACUCUGGACCGAUUCCAGCGAAUACAUUCUCCAAGUGUGUCGCGACAGCUGCGAAAUCAACGUCCUCGACGUCCGCUCCAACCUCCAAACCGUAGGACAACUAGCAGAAUUCCCCGGCCAAACCAAUCAACGACUCCACAUCUCACUCUCACCAAACGGCCGAGUUCACGCUGGCGGCCAUGACGGCUCCAUAUCCACCUGGACCUCCAUCCAUACCCCGCACCGAAUCACAACCGUCCCAGCCCACAACUGUAAGUAUCACACCCACCCGACGCCCGACUCGAGCGAAGCGAGAGGAGCAACCAGGGUCUGGGGCGGAGCCCCAGCCGCCGGAGGCAUGUUCCCCGGGCCGUGUAUGCCUCCGGCGGCUGGGGCUCCGCCCCAGACCCUGGUUGCUCCUCUCGCUUCGCUCGAGUCGGGCGUCGGUAGGAAGGGAGAUGACUAA